GUUCUUCUAUGGCAAUAUGUGUGCAAAUGCUUCCCAAGGAUGCUAUACUUAAAAGAAAAGGGAAGAUGGGUUUCUUUCGAAACAAUUUUGAUAUUUUUCUACAUGAAAUCCACUGCUUUUAACGAUUCUAGGCAUUGUUCCUUGUGCAAAUGGGCGACCUAACCCAACAUCCAACCUAACCUAACCCCAUGGUAUAUAUUCCCUAGUCAGGGGGCUCUGCCCCCUGGACCCCCAGGGUAAUAUAUAUACCUAGCACCCUUGGGAAGCAUUUGCACACAUAUUGCCAUAGAAGAACUUUGUCUUGGUUUGUAUUGCUCUAUCAUUUCAUGUAGGUUUUAUUACCCAACUCUGCCACUACCUUAUACUACAUAUUGUCCAAAAAUUUAUCUGUACCUUAUCUGGCAAUACUGACUCACAGUGUAGUGUUGAUGGCAUCUGUCAGUGCAGCAAUUGCAAAAAGAUUUCAAGAAACUUAAGCCAGGGACUGUAGACAUAAAAAGAAAAUUUACAUUGUACUACAUGCUGGUAGGAAGCAAACUUUACUGAAAGAAGUGCAACAAGUUUUUGUACUGGCCACAUUCGCCAAGGAAAUUAGAUCUUGUAAUAUGUAGCCUAUGGCAGAAAUAAAGAAAACGGGUGAGAAGCAGUGAGUAGCCAUGAAGUCAUUUCUCAGCCUUGGUAUGGGGAAACCGGCCCCAGUGUUGGAAUCCCCAAAGCCUGCGAGUGGCAUUCUUCCACAUGGGGAAGAAGACGCCCUUGCAAAUCUAUGGGUUGACAUUAUUAAAUCAGAGACUGCAUGUUGUAAGCUUAUCAGUGAAGUGAGGAACUACAGGGAUUCCAUCAAGGAGGUACAAGAAGCAGAGGAAAAGCUGUUGAAAGACUUAGGGACCUCGGGCCUUGGCGCAGUUUCUCCCCAACUGCAGCAGGCUAGUGAUGAGUAUCUCUCCGUAGUAAUGGAGAUGAAGAGCAAGAGUGAAGAAACAAGUGUAGGCAUACAAGAGGUGUUAGGAGAUCCCAUCAAGCAGUACCAUGUGCUCUUUGAGCCACUGGAUGCUCUGCGAAAGCGUCGGGAUGCUCAGUUAAUGGUUGUGCAGAAGUGCCAGGACAAGCUGGAUAAACUGAAAUUGAAGGGCAAACGCAACACUGAUGUCAUUGUAGAACGUGAGUCAGCCAUGGCCGUUCUACGAGAGCUGAACGGGAAGCUGUUGAAAGAAGCGAAACAUUUUCAUGAUCUGCGACAGCCAUACUUACAGCCUUGCAUAUUGGCCUAUGUGCAAAGCCAGGUGGACUACUAUGGGACAGCAAAUGCACAAUUUAACAGUCAAGUCCAGAUCAGUCGAGGAGUUCAUCAGAUCAAAGACAGUGAAUACGAAGCUGUGAUGGGAGAGCAGCUAAAGAAAAUAAAAUCCCUAAAUAUUGUAGCUGCUUAAGUUAAUUGAA